AUGGAAAACUUCUUUCCUCUAAAGUAUCAUCCUAUGCUUCAACUCUCAUACGCGUUACUCAUAGUUUCAAGCAUUCCAUUUGCUUUCUCUGAGAUCAGGAACACACGCAUUGUCAAUGACUCCCGAGAGAAGAUCACCUUUCAGACAUUCGGGUUCUUACAAGGCGGUUGCGUCUCCAUUUCCAUUAAAGAUAUCUCAUGGAAAUCAUCGAAUCACAGGGCACAACUAAACACUUCUUCCAUGGGAUUUUACCUUUACAACUCUUCAGUUUUUGACCAACUCUAUAACAUGCCCUCCCCCAUCAAUUUCACCGUAAGUUUCUGCAUUUUGUCGCGCCAGUAUGAUAAGCUUUUAUUCACUUUUGAAAAGCUCACCACCAACUCAACCUAUAAUUUUUCCACUCCCAUUGAUAAACCUGAAGAAUACACCUUGUCUUUUGCUAACUGCCAGCAAGAAUUUGAAGUGUCAAUGGAUGUCCACACAGAGAUGUACAAUAUACGAAAUGGUCAAAAGGAUUUCCUUUCUGCAGGCACAACCAAUUUGCCAAUGCUCUAUUUUAUCUUCUUUCUCAUAUAUACAAGUUUUUUCAUUAUAUGGGUCUUCACAUGCAUCAAACAAAGACUAAUUGUUGACAAAAUCCAUAUAGUUAUGGGUGCAUUGCUUCUCUUCAAGGGGUUCAAAAUGAUAUGUGCUUUUGAACAAUAUUUAUACGUGAGAAAAACUGGUACUCCACAUGGUUGGGAUGUAGCAUUUUACGUAUUUGGGUUCUUCAAGGGUAUAAUGCUUUUCACAGUCAUUGUACUCAUAGGCACUGGUUGGUCUUUCUUGAAACCUUACCUACAAAAGCGAGAGAAGAUUGUUUUGAUGAUUGUAAUUCCAUUACAGGUUGUGGAGAAUAUAGCUUAUGUUGUUUUGGAGGAAACAGGUCCAGCAAUACAAAUGAAGGAUUGGUUAAAAUGGAAACAGAUUUUCUUCUUGGUUGAUAUCAUUUGUUGCUGUGCAAUAUUUUUCCCAAUAGCUUGGUCAAUUAAAAGCUUACGAGAAGCAUCCAAAACAGAUGGCAAGGCAGCUAAGAAUGUUGAAAAACUAAUAAUGUUCAAGACAUUGUACACGGUUUUGGUGGGGUACUUGUAUUUUACAAGGGUUUUUGCUGUGAUGAUUGGUACUGUAUGUCCUUAUGAAUAUAAAUGGGUUCAGGAUGCCAUAACAGAAGCUGCAAGCUUGCCGAUGGAAAGGAAUCCAUACUUGGAGAUUGAUGAAGAGGAAGAGAAUGCAGCGGGCAAGUUGCUCGAAGAAGAUGACACAUUUGAACUCUAG